AUGAGUACUUCAAGCUGCAGAUUCUACGAGAACAAGUAUCCUGAAGUUGACGAUGUUGUGAUGGUCAACGUGCAACAGAUCGCCGAGAUGGGUGCUUAUGUCAAGCUUCUCGAGUACGACAACAUCGAAGGUAUGGUUUUGCUCUCCGAGUUGUCCAGAAGACGUAUUAGAUCCAUCCAAAAGCUGAUCAGAGUUGGAAAGAACGAGGUUGUUGUUGUGCUGAGAGUUGAUAAGGAGAAGGGUUAUAUCGAUCUGUCCAAGCGUCGUGUCAGUUCUGAAGACGUUCAGAAAUGUGAAGAGAAAUAUACGAAAUCUAAGGCUGCCCACUCUGUGUUGAGACACUGUGCUGAGAAAUUCGGCUUGCCACUGGAAACCCUCUACCAAACAAUCGGAUGGCCAUUGAGUAAGAAGUAUGGCCAUGCCUACGAUGCCUUCAAGAUCUCCAUCACAGACGACUCCGUCUGGGACGGCAUCGUCCCACCUUCGAAGGAGGUGUUGGACGAGCUCAAGUCCUACAUCGCACGCCGUCUGACUCCACAACCCACAAAGAUCCGUGCCGAUGUGGAGGUAUCAUGCUUUGGCUAUGAGGGUAUAGAUGCAAUCAAGGAGGCCCUCAGGGCUGCAGAGGCCCUGAGCACCGAGCAGAUGCAGGUCAAGGUGAAGCUGGUUGCUGCCCCAUUGUACGUCAUCUCUACACAGGCUUUGAACAAGCAACAAGGUAUCGAUCUUUUGACAAAGGCAUUGGAGGUCAUCGAGGAGAAGAUCACCGCCUACAGUGGUUCUGCAACCGUCACAAUGGCUCCAAAGGCUGUCACUGCUACUGAAGAUGCCGAGCUCCAAGCUCUCAUGGAACGUAGCAAGGAGGUUGAAGGCGACUCUGAAGGCUCUGAGGAGGAGAGUGACGAGGAAUGA